UGCAUCCGCACCAGAUCACGUGUGGUAACAAUGUGCUCAACAUCUACCGCAAUCGCUAGCCAGAUUAGAUCAGAGAAUUCCGAUAUAUUCGCAAUCGUCAAAUACAACUUCUGAUCUCCUCGAUUCCAUCUUUUGAUUUCUCUUGGUGGGUACGAGUUAUAUUAGGUGCUACUGGUAAAAGCGUUGUCAAACACUGAUACCUGUGCCAUCUUCAUUGGUGAGCCCUACGUGAUUUAAUUCUGAUGUGUGACCGAGUGCCUUCAGCUAAACGUGUCCAGUAAAACUGAUGAGGUCAAUAUCGAAUGUCGAAGACUAGCAAAACAAUAUAUUUUCGAUUAAUAUCGGAAUUCUUGUUGCUCGAGUAGCGUACAAAAUAUUAGUUUCCUACGAAUUCGAAAUCAAAUGCUACGGCGCGUGUAUAUCGGGUUGUUGUAGUUGUUGUUACUGACUUCUACUAACUGCUUCCAUUCCUAGAUCUUUCCUCACACACGCUGGUCUACAAUAUCCCCCAACACACAAAGUGCCGUCAGUCUAGACGCAAAGUGCCUAAGACCGAAAUUCAUAGGUUUGUUUUCAAGUGUGAUGGGUGAUUUGGAUAGCUCCCAUGUAACCUUGGUUGAUGGGUCUGUGUUGGAGAGUGGCGGUCAAAUCCUACGUAACGCUGUCUCGAUAGCAGUGAUAACGAAAAGACCCAUCGAGGUGUGUAAUAUUCGAGCUGGUCGACAGAAUCCAGGUCUCAGAAGUCAACACGCAGCUGCUCUCGAACUCGCUAGUAGAGUGUGUUGUGGUCAUUUAUCGUCGUGUGCAGUUGGAUCUACGGAAAUUCGGUUAAUACCUGGUCAGAUUUCUCCCGGUUCGUAUGAAGCUGAUGCUAAGACGGCAGGGUCAGUCUCACUGAUGCUACAAGCUGUAGCGCCAGUGUUAGCGUUUGCUUCCAAUCAGAGUGAACUGUUGUUGCGUGGUGGUACAGAUACAUUGUUUGCACCUCCGAUCAACUAUAUGAUUGAGGUAACAUCACAUUACUUUAGAAAAAUGGGUUUGGUUUGUGAGGUAAAAGUCGUUCGACGAGGGUUUCAUCCAUUAGGUGGAGGGGUUGUCAAAGUACUGAUUUCACCUUUAAAAGAGCCACUUUCUCCCAUUUCUUUGUUAAAUUCAGGAACCGUUGAGAAAGUCAGUGGUUAUUCUCUUGUUGCAGGAAGAGUUCCACUAAAGGUUGCUCAUGAAGUGAAAGAUCAGGCGUUGCGUUGUCUCAGCAAAUGUUUCUCAUGUCCUAUAAAUAUUGAUUCAUUCCAAGAAAGCAGUGAUCGUUGUAAGGGCAACGUUGCGGCAUUUAUGUGCGUCACUAAAUUUUUUAUUUUGUGUAAUUUGCUAGACAUUCAUUUUUAAUAAUUCUAUUAUUACUUAUGUUGCCUACCUGUUGUGAAUACAUAGUAAUAUUGUUGUUUCCAUGUUAAUGUUAGUAAGAGCAACAAUAACAUGUUCACAAGCUUUAUGUUAAUGAUGCUUAUUGGAUAUGAUAGUUACAAUUCCAGUGUGGACUCUGACAACUCACAAGAUCACCUCGUUUACGAUCAAACCCCACUAUCAAAUAUUGCCCCUGCUUCUACUAUCAACCUUCAUGUCUUCGACUUCAACAUGUGCUACCAAUACUAACUGUCACAAAAUGUUAUCACUGGUCUCCUGAAACUUCGUCUCAAAUUAUGUACAAGAGCUUGUAAUGCCUGAACCUUGUAUUGAAUUGGACAACUAGAGUCACUAACCAUGACUGUAGACUCUCGUGCUAUUAAUAUAUACCGUGUUCUAGAAGCAUGUAUACAGAAUCCCAGCAUGUUCAUUCACUCAACCUUAAUUAGUCGACAUAAUGAUCCAACGAAACUUACCUUUCGUGUAUCUGAAGACGCGACCGACUUGUCUUGGUCAUGCCUCUGUAGGUAUAGCACCAAGUAUGAAGACAGGAUAGGCGCUUCUCGACUAGAUUAAUUUCGAAAGUUUCUUGCGUUGUCCGUCUCAAUUGUGCAUUAAAAAUUGAGAAAGGUUUCGACACACCUUUCCGUCGUUUCUGUUCAUGCCUCUACUAAAUGCAGCUCAGGUUGAGUAAAUGACAAGUUUUACAGGAAACUUCAUGAUCUCUUCCGGAAAGUCAGAAGCAUAGACGUAGUAGGGGAUUUAAGAGCUCAAAUAGGUCGAAUAAGUUAAACUAGAAAACACUCAGUCGUAUGUGUCACAUCCUGCCGAACAGAUAACAGUGACCGUCUGUUUCAAUGUCGCUCAGACGACCGAUUAUUCCUAGCAAGUGCAAAUUUGAAGGCAUCAGGAAAGCCGGUUUCUAACCUGGCGCCUGCCGACACCAGCGUGACAAUAAACACAAAUGGACCAUAUUUUCGUUAAGCAUCGUUGGAGAGGCUCAAUGAAUGACUAGUGCUUACAUUAGAUUACAAUCUUGAACACCAUUCUUACCUUAAUGAUGGAACGCAUUUCUAUACAUCAAAGUAGACAUUAGAAACUCACAACAGGAGGAUCACUUAGAUAUCGAUUCAGAGAUGAAAAAGUCAAUGAUCUGUUUGAGGAAAUAUUGGAUAACCACUUAGUCUAUCGUAAUGAAACAGAUUGCCUUGAAGAAGCCUAAAAUGUUAUCUAGGCAGCUGUUAAUACAGUAAUAACAUCUCAACAAUUUAAACCAAAAGGUUAUUAAAAAUCAUUAAGUUCUGAUGACAUCCACUGAAUCGAUAAAGGUCCGAUAAAUGAUCCCGACAGUCUCUGAGAGCGAUAAAUAACAAAAGAGACUAAAGCAUAAACUAAGAAAAAGUUUAUGCAACGAUAUUGAGGAGUAUUGAACAACAAAACCAAGAUGGAUGGGAAAGACAGUCGAUAGGUAACACUACACAACUCUGCCUACUUAUCAAGAAAACAGGUAUGGAAUGCAUGUGUCAGUGAGACUCUCAAAAAAGAAGGCUAUUAUUCACUCAAUUUAGAAGUUAAGAACAAUAUCCCGAACACUAACUACAACUAAAUUUCCCUUCAAUUAGCUUCUGUUCCCAAAAAAACUGAGUGAGGAAUUGACUCAAGUCCACCAGAUCUUAAGAGGAUUCAAAAUAGUAAAUGUAAUCUUGAAACGAGAUAGAACAACAAACCCUGAUAGUAGACAUACACAUGCCCAGCUGUAGUGGUAUUUUCUGGCCUUAACACAGCAUUCUACUCUUGACUGGGACAUGCGUUUCAUAUGCCCAACUUUCGCCUACCUUGACGGGCGAUUUUGUCUGGCGUAGUAGUAUGCUGGAAGAAAGCUAGGGGCGGCCAAACCAAAACAUGUCAACAGUCUAUGAAGUCACUGAGAGUUGGAUUAAGCCAUGAUAAUAGGUGUGGAAUACCUGGUUGGAGUCCGCGUGAUUAUCAUAACCAAUGGUUGGAGACUGAGUGGUAUGGAUCGAAACCGUUUGCAGGGACCCAGGUACAUCCGUUCUUUAUCUUCCUCCAAAUUCUAAAUUUCCCAACGUUUUUUGUUUUACUAAUUUAUAUUUUCUCGAAUCGUAUUUUCCAUGCCUAAUCAUUACUAUUACAACGGAUACUGUUACUACUACCUCUACUAUUCUGAGAUUUGGCCUGACAAUUUUAUCUCUCUGUGCUAAUGGGGUAUGGCAGCUUGAAUCGAUUUUUAUGUGCUCUACGUACUAACUGACCGACUGAAACUAAAUAAAAAAAUCUGUUCAAUUAAAAUGGUGUAUGAUGAUUUUUGUAUAUUUUGAUUUCGAGUGCACUAUUUGAUUAAUAAAAUUAAUCAUAUCUGAAAAUUUCCCACAAAAUGGUUGGCUGUUCAUUUCAAGAAUUAGUUUAACGUGCUAAAUUCAUUAGUUCUCAUUAUUGAUGGGAAUGUAUUAGUUUAAUUGUCUUAUUUUGUUCUAGCUUAUAAUGCUUAUGGCAUUAGCUAAGGGAAAUUCAGAAAUACGUUGCGGGCCGUUGACAUUACAUACAAAGACUGCAAUAUAUGUUGCAGAACACUUACUCGGUGUUAAAUUCGAAGUAACCACGAAUGAUGGAUCUUCAGUCAUAUCGUGCAAUGGUGUUGGAUACACACCCGAACAUUUGAAAAAUUCUUGUUCAUAAUUCUCUAAUGUUUAACAGUGCUUUCAAUUUCACUUGUGUUGUUUAUUACUUGCUUUGUUCUUUUUAUUAGAAAGAAUUUUCAUUCUGA